UAUGUGAAUGCAUCUGAUGUCAAACGUGCUUUUCAGCUAGAAUCUGAAGGUUAUCCACCCGAAGAGGCCGCCACAUUAGAAAAACUUGUAUAUCGUCAAGGCCUUGCACCUACAUUAUUUUUAGGUGCAUAUCUCCCCGCGAAUCUUUCGACUUCUUCUGAACGGCUAUUGAUCGGAUUCGUCGUAUCAACGCUUACAAAUGCGACAACAAUAACUGAUGAAUCGAUGUCACACCAUGAUCCUUUUGGAAAAACUGUUUGUAUUCAUUCUGUUUGUGUAGAUAAGCUAUAUCGAAGGCGUGGUGUUGCUACUCAUAUGUUAAAUGAAUAUAUCACGAGAUUGCGAAAUGAAUCUCAAAAUAGAGAUGUAGGUGUUAAAUAUGAAAUGGUCGCAUUGAUAAGUCAUGAAUAUUUAAUUCCGUUAUAUCAAAAAGUCGGAUUUAUUUUAAAGGGUGAAAGUCAGGUUAUUCAUGGAAAUGAAAAAUGGUUCGAUCUAACGUUUGAGCUUUGA